GGGCUGUGUAAUUCCAACUGCAAAGCCCAUUUGAACUUCAUCUUUGGUCUCUGACCAAUAAUAACACUUCAACCUUUGGUCUGAGAUUUGAGACACCGUCAUCAAAGAAGGGGUUUUAGCUUGGGUUUUUGUGUACCUUGCGUUUCAGAACUUCUAGUACAUUUUACUCAUUCAAGCCUUCGUUUCGUUUUACUCAUGAACCAUUUUCUGAGAAAACUUUCAACCCCCAACCGGAUUGUGGCCAUUUCCGCCGCUGCAGGGUCGGUUUUAUUGUACGCCAACGGCAACAGAAAUUCCGAUUACACGGCAUCAGUGUCACUCCCUGCGCCAUUGCGCGAAUCGCUGUGGCUUCCAUGGCAAUCAGAGCUAUCGGUUCCACUGUUUUCUCUGGGAAAUAGUUCGGUUCCAUCAUCAGAUAUAAGCAAGGAUGUUUCUGGUGUCUCAGCAGCUGGAGAGAUACCAAAGACAUGUAGUGGAUGUUUGGGCAGAGAUUCUUUUGCAAAAGCGGCUGCUAAGGUUGGUCCUGCUGUUGUCAACGUAUCUGCUCCACAGGGUGAAUUUGGGAUCAGUCCUGGAAAGGGUAUGGGCUCCGGAACUAUUAUUAACCAGGAUGGUACGAUUUUAACGUGUGCUCAUGCUGUGGUUGAUUUUCAUGGGCUGAGAGCUUCAUCAAAAGGGAAGGUUCAUGUCACUUUGCAAGAUGGUCGAACAUUUGAGGGUACUGUGGUCAAUGCGGAUUUACAAUCCGAUGUUGCUAUUGUAAAGAUCAAUUCUAAAACUCCACUACCAACAGCAAAGCUCGGCAGUUCAAGCAAGCUUCAGCCUGGGGAUUGUGUGAUAGCUGUUGGCUGUCCACUUUCGCUUCAGAAUACAGUCACAUCUGGUAUUGUAAGUUGUGUUGACCGUAAAAGCACUGAUUUGGGUCUUGGUGGAUUGCGGAGAGAGUAUUUACAGACGGAUUGCGCAAUCAAUCCGGGAAAUUCUGGGGGGCCUUUAGUUAAUAUUGACGGAGAGGUGAUUGGUGUUAAUAUUAUGAAAGUACUUGCUGCUGAUGGAUUGAGUUUUGCUGUACCGAUUGAUUCGGUCACCAAAAUUCUGGACCAUUUCAAGAGAAAUGGCAGGAGGGUUGUCCGGCCUUGGAUUGGAUUGAAGAUGAUUGAUCUCAAUGAGAUGAUCAUCACCCAGCUUAAAGAAAGAGAUCCUACAUUCCCAAAUGUGAAGAAAGGGAUUCUUGUCCCCAUGGUAACUCCUGGGUCACCUGCUGAACGUGCUGGGUUCCGUCCUGGUGAUGUUGUUAUUGAAUUUGAUGGAAAGGCUGUUGAAAGCAUUAAGGAGAUCAUUGAAAUAAUGGGAGACCGAGUUGGGGUGCCCAUCAAGGUAGUUGUGAAAAGAGCAAGAGAUGAGUUGACUUUAACUGUAACUGCAGAGGAGUCGAAUUCAGAUAUGUGAAUGACAAGCUUUUGUUUUCAAGAUAGUUUGUUGUUGGUUUGGUUCCUGUAAUUCUGUGACUGGAAAGAAGAGCGAAUGCAUAUAUCCAGCUAGUUAGUAGUUAAUGUUACCUUUGAAAGAUACUGGUGAUAUUGAGGUGAAUUAGUUUGAAAUUUGGUGUCUACUUUCUAAAAUUUCUCAUUCUCCCAUGGAAUGGAAGCCUUGUGUUCGUUGUAA